CAGAUUGCGCUCUACAUCAAGCGAUUUUUCCGCAAGCUCGUCUACAUUUUCCGCACGACGCCUUCGCGCUCCGUGGCGUCGAAAUCUCACUAACUUUUUUCCCACUGUUAGUAUGCCUCCAUCGCUACUACGGCGCAGGGGGACAAGUGCUGCGUAGAAGAUAAGCCAGUGCUUACUCAGUACACACUAUCCACUGUAACACUAUGAUAUAGAGCGCCAUCUAGUGUAUAAAACCAUUUGCAGCCAGUAUAAUUCGAUCAACGCAACACGGCGGCGAAGGCGUCUUAUGUCUUACACACACAAAACAAAGACAAGCAUCGAUGCCAUACCGUCGUGUUGGAAAACAAGGCUGUUCAUAUGAAAACGAAAUUUAAACGCCAAAAAAAACCGAGGAAGAACUCCACUUGCUUCCUACACCAUUCCGUAACAAGUGUUUUAGGUUUCCUUCCUUUUUACCCUGAUCAUAAACCUUUCUUCAUCCGCAUAUGUGAGUAGGUUCAGCCCAUUUCAACCCUUUUCCUUUCUGGCCAUUAUAGACAAUAGUUUUAGCAGUUUGUUGUUAAGUUUGAGUUAAAGAUGUUGACUCUCUUGACCGUUAUGUGAAUGAUUUGUGUGUAUUUAUCUGUUGCCCUUCACUUGUCUGUAGUAGCCAAUAAAUUGAUCGUUCUUUUAAGUUACAUCGUUAGCUUGAUUUUCGUUUAUUUGUUCUUUUUUUCUCCUUCGUUCAUAGUGUACGUAAUGUCUUCGAUAUCCUUCCCGUAUCAACGCUUGUAUUUUAUGUUACUUAUUUAUUCGUUUUUUUUCCUUUUCUUUCGUAAAUAGUACUACAGUUUAGUUUCAAACUGCGUUUAGGUGUAAGAAGAAGGGAAGACGGAAACAAGAUCGAAGGCGAAAUUUCAAAUUCAAACCAAGGGGUACCAUCGCAGGGUUGCUGCACACAAAGACAUUCUAACGGAUUGUGCCAUCAAGUAUUGGCCGUUGGAUUGGUAGAAGAACAUGUGAAAUCAAACAAAAAUGCUAUAUAUAAUGAUACAACAGAACAAAAAGAAAAACGCCAUGUACAAAGUAUAGAGAGAACGAUAUUUAGCGAACGAACACAAAUAAUGCUAGUGCUAGUGAUAAUGCUUUUCCACAUUUCAUCCCUUAAAACCGCGAACAUAAUGUUUAAAGCAACAAAUUUAAUCGAAUCUAGAGAAGUACGGUGCCGUUGAAAUAAACAUCUGAUUAAUUUAAUUAUCUUUUUUUUUUUGUAACGAGAAUAGAGAGUAACAAGAAGAGGCAAAAAAAACAGUAAAACAACACAAAGCCAGAGCAAGCCACACGGAGGAAAUUGUAACUUAACAACUAAUGCAACAGCUAACAAAACGAAACGAAAUCACACUGCAGAGAAGGAGCGUGCUAGCAACGCAACACGGACAGUGGUGCUACCGCUGCUCUCACGCAUACUGAUACAUGCAGAAUAGUGAAAUGCGCAAAUUGAUGAUGAUGAUGAUGACUUCUAACUUGAUUUAAGGCGAAUUCAAUCGAAAGACACAAUCAUUUUAUAAUCAAAACAAUACUACAACAAGAACAAAAAAAUAAACAAGUGUAAUUUAAACGAAAGAUGUAAACAUAAAAAUAGUGACAAAACAACAGAAACUCGCGUGCAUUAUUAAACAAGGGCAAGGUGAAGCGUAUGAUGCGGAUGCAACAAAAACAGAUUAAAAAAAAAACAAUAUAAGAAAAGCAAAUCGCGCAUAAACCCAAACAGCAGCACAACCCAAAUUCAUUAACAAAAGCAAAACAGUGCGACGAGCUAAGCGCUACGAAAGUUGUGGUAAAAUGAGGUCUUGAGGGUAAGAGUAACACCUCUACGAACGAUAGAUAGUCCAUCGUACUAAACAAAACAAAAAAACAAAAAAAAACAUUCAUUCACGCUAAACUGUUCACUCUUGGCUGCCGUUCGUCAUCUUUGCCGCAAGUGGCGGUGCGGGAUGUUUGUUUUUAUAGAGCUCCUUCGGCUCCCUAGUCUCGGUGUGUUUUGCCAGCAAAAUAUGUACGUUAGUGUGUCGAUUUCGGUUAGUGUCGCGUAUCACUUAGUAUCACUGCGGCUGUGCGUCUUUCCGCUAGUGGUUUUUUUUGCCCCAUCAUUUACUUGUUAAAAGCAAUUGUUACGACUUGAUGUAUAAUAAGGCUACACAGGGUGCUUUAGAAAUCGGUUAACUCGGACUGUUUGUUGCGUGUGUAUGUGUGUGUGUGUGUGUGCGCGUGUGCGUGCGUGUGUGUGUGCAUUUAGUUUUUAGGAGUCACUUUCGGGAGCGGGAGUAGGACAUGAGGAAAAUGAAUGGAAAUCAGAUCUCGUAUCAAUCGAAACCAUUGCAUAGAUUCGCAACCAAAGUACAGAAACACACUCGCCUGCAUGUACACAAUAGAAGAACAAGAAGAAGAAGAAGUAGAAGAAAUACACAAACAAAUAUGUCCUACAAUUCCUGCUCUCUAUUACGCUAUCAGAAUAGGUGUUUAGGAAGUCGGUGGACAGUGCACAGACAAACGAACUCUCUCGGCCUGUGUCGGACGGAAGCAUCACAGCAUCGGUGCCAGGGUAGUAAGCUUUGCGCAUUCCAUCUCUGCCGUAAGGGCUGACGGUGGCAAAAUCUGUCUGUGUGUAAAUAGAACUGAUAAGCGAGCUUUGUUUCGUUCUUAUGAACCCACUAAACAGCUAAUUCAGGUGAAUAUUAGUCAAUCAUGUGCUCUACUGUUUAAACAAAAAAAUUAAGGAAGCUACAAAUACACUGUACACUGUGUACACUCUGAUGAGCUAGGAAGUGAGACAUUUUUCGUGCGCAUCCUUCAGCCAGCGUCCGGAGUGAUGCUUCCAGUGAGUUCUCGUUCCGGAUAGUGCCGGAAUGCUAUUGUUCUGAAUCUGUUUCCAUCCAUUUCGAGCCGUUACGUGAAUGUUAGUAUUUAGGGGCUCAGUAUCCAUCUAAAACCUAAAAUAAAGUUUGUUGUUUCCGUUCCGCGUCGUAAGGGACUGGUGGAAGGGUGUGGUUUGACUGCUCGUGGUCAAACUGGUCACACACGCGCUUUCAAUGUCUAUCAGUAAUAGGAGUACAAUUAUGAUUACUAUACUCCUGUCCGGCAAUCGAAAGGGUAUUCCAUUCGCUCCUUCCCUCAGCCGUAACCGUAACCAGGCCGUGCCAUGCGCGGUCUUUAUGGGGCUGAGGAUACAAGGGAGGGAAAUCCUUGCUCAGACUACUAGAAACUAUAUCGAAAAAUCGUUAUCGCACCAAAACCCUCCUAUCUGUACACUUUUUCCGUAGUUUGCUAGCGCCCUUACUGCAGGACCCGCCUCUAGUUCCAUGAUGUAGUGUCACUGCUACCGGUGCAUUAGUCAGCGCAUAAAAAAAAGGAAUAAAAAUGAAACGGAAUGAAACCAAACAUAAAAAAAAGAUCACCCCGCCUCACCCUCACCAAACGACGCACAGCCACACACGAACACGCUCACUAUAGCAAAGCAUACCUACACUAUGUCUAUGCAUAUUUGACCUAAUUAGAUAGCGCCUUAGAAAAAGAAAGCAAGCGACACAAGCGUCGGAACGACGCUUGCGAGCCCGCCAUGGGGAGGUUAGUUCUACGGACGAACGCGUGUCCAAUGCUUACGAUUAACCGAAUCAACGAUGAUUAUUUAACUGUUACUGAAUUGUGCGUGUGCGAGUGCAUUUUCUACUUCAGUUGAACGCUUCCAUCGUUAAACAGUACCACGCGCUGGUGGUGCCAAUGGUGUCACUUUCGUCGAAUCGCUCUGAAACAAACGCACUGAUCGUGGCGCGAUCCUUCGUGCGCCGACACGUAUCCGGGUGUGCCUGGCCGGUUGCAGUCGUUGCCUGCAAUGGUUAGUUUGCACGAAAUGAGCGCAAACGUGCGAGGAAUAUUGUGUUCAACUUUACUGACGACAGCAAUACGAAAGUGUGUGUGCGAUAAAAAAACUAGAGCAAACGGUAGGGGAAUGAAGAAAACAAUGCUGAAGUGAAGCUUCCUACUCCGUGACAAAUAAACCCACAAAAAAGAAAGCCAGAAAACAGCAAACGAACAAUAGACCAUUCAACACAGCAGAAGAAAACGAAACAAACUAACUAACAAACCAACCAACCGGACAACAGACUUAGCAACAGCGUAUUAUUGAUGCAUAGUGUGUGCCGAUAUAGCAGGUGAUUUAUACUUCUAGAUUAGUGUACUUAACUUCAUACACAAAUAUAUAAAUAUACAUACAUGCAUAUGGGAGGAUAGAAGAAAAACAAAAUACACUCACACACACAUGCUGUGGAGAUGUAAUGCAUGACUAAGCUUAGAGCGCGCGGCAUAAUUAGGCAAACCAUCAAGCUAAACAAGGGACAGGCUACCAUUGCAUUGCAUGAUAAACGCUAAAUUGAAUCGAAAUAGUCGUUAUAUUUUCUAAGUGUAUUGAGAUUGUAAGAUACUAAACGUUUCGCUGCCUCUGUUCCCAUAGUGCAUAGUCGGAUCGGAUUAGGUUUUUUGUCUCUCUUUCUCUCCCCCUCUUCGGUAUGUCUGUGUGUAUGUGUGUGUGUGUGUGCGUGCUGGGCCGCCCCUUUCUGAGUGGUAGGCGACCACCCCCAACCAGUACCGCAACAACCAAUGACUAAGAGAUGCAAUAGUGCGCACCACCGAUGCGAUGGAAGUGUAAACACUAAAUAGUUAACCCGGAAGUCAGUCGCCGAUCUAGUGCACAGCAACACAAACAAACAAACAAAUAAGCAAAACAAACAGUAAUUCACAACAAACCGGAAACACACAACUCGGCAGUAUUGUUUCACAGGAAGAUAACAUUCGAGCCAGUGAGUUUGGGCACACGUACACAGACAGCGAAAGCAGUGAGUAGGAAAAGAAAGUAAGCAAACAAACAAACAAAUAACACAAUGAGCAUUAUAAGGAUGCAAAGUGUGCUGUUCGUGUGAGUGUGUGUGUGAAGAAAAACCAAACCAAAAAAAAAA